UGCUGGGUAUAUGAUGGGCACUGAUAAAUUCCAAUUGGUUUAUGUGGAAGAAGUAAAGCCUAAGGUAAAGGAAAACAAAGAAUUAGCAGAUACAAAAAAAGUAGCGAGAAACUUAAAGACGAUGUUUACAUCAAUUGUAAGAAAAACUAUUAACAAUAGAAG